CCAUCGAACCCCUUGGAGCGGAUGCUUUGCUGGUGGAGAUGGAAAGAGAUGGGAGGGGUUGGAUCUGCCCAGGCUAUAUGAGCAGUCGUCCUUGUUUUCCAGCUGAUUUUGUCACCUGGAGCUAUUUUACUUCUCUCUUACUUACUUCAAUACCAGAUACCAUUAACUACCGUUUGUCAAAGAAGUCUCGGGCUUCAACCAGCAACGUUCGAAAACAUGGCUCCGAACCAUGCUACUGUCAUUCUUGGUGCGGGUAUCAUCGGCGUCUCAACCGCCUAUUACCUCUGCCAGCACGAGGACGGAUCAAGCAUUCACCUUGUCGAGCCGUCUCCAGAGCUCUUCUCCUCUGCCUCGGGCUACGCAGGCGGGUUUCUCGCCAAAGACUGGUUCGCCCCCUCCGUAUCAGAGCUCGGCGCCCUCAGCUUUGAGGAGCACCGCCGGCUCGCCAAGGAGCAUGGCGGGAGAGAAAAAUGGGGCUACUCGCCGACUACAAGCGUCAGCUACGCGGCAUCGGCGGCCGCACGCGACUCCCAGAGGCGAGGUGAUGACUGGUUGCGAGACGGCACGAGCCGCGCCGACGCAGCUCCCGGGAUCCCGGACUCCCGGUCUGGGAUGACCCCAACUUGGCUGCGGAGGCUUGAGGGCGACCACAUCGAGCUCAUCAGCGACAAGGACGCGACAGCCCAGGUCGACCCCCUUCUGCUGUGCCGGUUCCUCCUGCAGGAAUGCAUCAAGCGCGGCGUGCAGCUGCACCAACCCGCCAAGCCAAUCGCCAUUAGAACCGAUGGGAAUGGCGAGCUGGCUGGCAUUCGCAUUGCGGAUACCAGAUCGUCUGCGCAAACGGAGCUGCCCUGCGCGCGGCUCAUCAUCGCAGCUGGGUGCUGGACGGGCCAGGUUUUUCGGACGCUGUUCCCCGAAUCGGCACUCGAGCUUCCGAUCAAGAGCUUAGCCGGACACUCCCUGGUCCUGAAGUCACCACGGUGGCAUGCUGGCCUGGAAAGCAACGGAUGCCACGCCGUCUACACCACGUACAAGGACGCGUUCUGCCCGGAGAUGUUUGCCCGCCUCGGAGGCCAUAUUUAUUUCGCGGGCCUGAACUCGGCAGCGCUCCCGCUCCCGGACGCGGCAGCAGGGAAGGCGACGCCGUACCGGGAGAGCUUGGAGCGGCUGCGGCAGGCGGCCGUCGAGCUUCUCGGCGCGGGGAGCGGGGCGGAAAACGACCUGGAGAUUGUGCGGGAGGGCUUAUGCUUCCGGCCCGUGACGCCGUGGGGCACCCCGAUUGUCUCCAGGAUCCGGGACUGUGAUCUUGGCGCCGGCACAGUGACGAGAUCGGGAGCAGGGGGUGUGUUCGUUGCGGCCGGCCACGGGCCGUGGGGCAUCGCCCUGAGUCUUGGCACGGGCUUGGUGCUGGCGGAGAUGGUGCAGGGACGGAAGCUCAGUGCGGAUAUCAGCGGCCUGGCCUUUGACGGCGACAGGGCAAGGUUGUUUGCGAAUUGAAGCGAGAACCAUCAGCAAUCAGUUCCCACUGCUCAUCGGAAAGUUAUGCGCCCCCCCC